ACUACUAGUUCUCUUCUUGUGUUUGUUUUUGUUGUUGUGAAUGCAGCAGUGUUUUGCAAUGGAGGCAAGACAAGCACAUUCACCAGAAAGCCAGAGAAAACAGUGGAAAUGCCUCUUGAUAGUGACGUGUUUGUAGCCCCUGCUGGCUAUAAUGCUCCUCAGCAGGUUCAUAUAACACAAGGUGAUGAUGAGGGGAAGGCAGUGAUAGUGUCAUGGGUGACGGUGAAUGAACCUGGAAAGAGUGAAGUGCAUUAUUGGAGGGAGGGAUCCCGACACAGCAAGAAGAAGGUGGCGAAGGGACACCGUGUUACAUAUAGGUUCUUCAAUUACUCUUCUAGCUUCAUUCAUCACUGCACCCUAAAAGACUUGGAAUUUGACUCAAAAUACUAUUAUGAGGUUGGAAUUGGACACACAAAGAGGCAGUUUUGGUUCAUGACCCCUCCUGAAAUUCACCCAGAUGUGCCCUACACAUUUGGUCUAAUAGGGGAUUUGGGUCAAACAUAUGAUUCAAACAAGACACUUACUCACUAUGAAUCAAACCCGAAGAAAGGGCAAGCUGUUCUGUUUGUUGGAGAUUUGUCUUAUGCAGAUGACCACCCGAAUCAUGAUAAUAAUAGGUGGGACUCAUGGGCCAGGUUUGUAGAAAGAAGUGUUGCUUAUCAACCUUGGAUUUGGACUGCAGGCAACCAUGAAAUUGACUUUGUCCCUGAAAUUGGGGAAAGUGUACCUCACAAGCCUUUCACACGCCGUUACCCUGUCCCUUACAAAGCUUCAGGAAGCUCUGCGCCCUUUUGGUAUUCUAUCAAGAGAGCUUCAGCACACAUCAUAGUCUUAUCUUCAUAUUCAGCAUGUGGUAAAUACACCCCUCAAUAUAUAUGGCUUAAGGCAGAGCUAGCAAAAGUUGAUAGGACCAAGACUCCAUGGUUGAUUGUUCUUCUGCACACACCUUGGUAUAACACCUACGACUAUCAUUAUCUGGAAGGAGAAACCAUGAGGGUUGUGUUUGAGCCAUGGUUUGUCAAGUACAAGGUUGAUGUCGUCUUUGCUGGUCAUGUCCAUGCCUAUGAACGAUCUGAACGUAUCUCAAAUAUUGUAAAAGGUCAUUGGGGACCUGUGAAGGAUCAGUCAGCUCCUGUGUACAUAACCAUUGGUGAUGGGGGCAACAUUGAAGGCUUAGCAAACAAGAUGAUAGAGCCACAGCCAGAGUACUCUGCAUUCAGGGAAGCAAGUUUUGGACAUGCCAUUUUUGAUAUAAAGAAUAGAACGCAUGCUCACUAUAGUUGGCACAGAAAUGAAGAUCAAUAUUCUGUGGAGGCUGAUUCAAUGUGGUUUUUCAAUAGAUAUUGGCACCCAAUUGAUGAUUCCACAACUAGUCAAAACCACUAGAAUAGUUUUGAGCAUUUCAAUUAAUUUAUGUUCUAGAUUCUCAUGCUGAUUG